AUGAACAAGGCAUCGGCGAAUAAGGGAAUCGCUGGCAGCCACAACAUCAGUUUGGAACAACGGGAAAUGGUGACGGUGAAUGCAGUGCAUAAUUUGGAUUUGGUGGAUGAGCCACUGUCAAGUGACAAAGAUGCCAAAGCGAGAAUUGCAAACAACGAGGCGUCAGAGAGCGGAGCCAUUUAUGGUAAAAAUUUGGAUGGAAUAAUGUCCGAGACAGAAGCAAGCAGUGAAACAGACGAAACUGAUGACGAUUAUGAUGGUGAUGACGGAAUUACAGUUGAGGAAGCGAAAAAACGCAUUAGAAUCACAGGUAUAAUUCAGUGGUACCUCCAAGCUCUGUAG